GAGCUCGCUCCGCAACCGUGGGGUGGAGGGGCGUAGAACUUCUCUGGACCUCGGGCCGCGGAGACUAGGGGCUGCAGAGCGGUGGGUGCUUCCCGAGGGCCUCGGGAGGGCGGCCUGGACCCCUGCGGGCCUGCAAAAGCCGUUCCUCGCCUUGGCCACGCACCUCCCUUUCCUGCCCAGACCGAGACGAGCGGCGGCACCAUGUCGGCCUACCCCAAAAGCUACAACCCAUUCGACGACGACGCAGAGGAUGAGGGCUCCCGGCCGGCCCCGUGGAAGGACGACCAUGACCUCCCCGAUGGACUCGGCGCGCCCACCGACAGGCAGCAGUACCUGCGGCAGGAGGUGAUGCGCAGGGCAGAAGCCACGGCCGCCAGCACCAACAGGUCCCUGUCCCUCAUGUACGAGUCCGAGAGGAUAGGCGUCGCCUCUUCCGAGGAGCUCGUCCGUCAGCGAGGCGUCUUAGAACGCACAGAGAAGAUGGUGGACAAGAUGGAUCAAGAUUUGAAGACCAGCCAGAAGCACAUUAACAGCAUUAAGAGCAUGUUUGGGGGGCUUGUCAAUUACUUCAAAUCCAAACCAACAGAGACACCACCAGAGCAGAAUGGACCCCUCACCCCCCAGGCCAGUAGCAGAUUGAAAGAAGCCAUAAGUACCAGUAAGGAACAGGAGGCACAGUACCAGGCCAGCCACCCAAACCUCAGGAAGCUGAAUGAUUCAGACUCCAUCCCUGGAGGGGCUGGUCCUGCUGCGAGUACUGAGGCUUACCCAAAGAACCCACACCUUCGAGCCUAUCACCAGAAGAUAGACAGUAAUCUAGAUGAGCUGUCCAUGGGACUAGGCCGGCUGAAGGACAUAGCCCUGGGGAUGCAGACGGAAAUUGAGGAGCAAGAUGACAUUCUUGACCGCCUCACAACCAAAGUGGACAAAUUAGAUGUCAAUAUAAAAAGCACAGAAAGAAAAGUUAGGCAACUUUAAAGACAGAGAAGGAGUUCCACUCCAUUGUGAUGAAAAGAGCCGAAAGAUCUUUUAAACUCCCCAAAAUUUCAUUUAUGUUGUUUUAGUAUGUAAUGUACCAUGUGUUUGCAAAUGUUAUAAUUAUAGAGUGGGUCCUAGGAGAUGUUGUUAGAAGUGUCUGUCCCACUUUUUUUUAGAGCCAUCAUCUCUUGAUUCUCUGAACUGAAUGCUCAGAGCUGUAGUCUGAGCACAGUAGCAUGGCCCUGAGUACCUUGGGCGUUUGGUUACCAUGCCAGAAUGAGAACGAAAAAGUUGCAUUUCUCAAUUUAACAAGCAUAUGGAAAGAUGUGGGCAGAAUUUCAGUCUUGGAACCACCAACCUCUGUUCCUGUUUGCUGUAUUUCUCAUUUCUUGGCCUUACGGUGAGUCAGAGCACUGAGAGACUGUGUAAGCCAGUUGUUUGUGGGGGAUGGUCCUUCCCACACCUUGGCUUACCAUUUACGAUCCUCCCACUCCCCCACACACACACUGAGCACAUUGCGAUUCUCUCAACACACCCUCCCACCACCCCCUGGAAAGGAUCAGUGUUAGAUUCACAUUGUGAUCCUCUCAACACCCUAAAAGAAUUAGUGUUCAGAAAUGGAAAGUAUCAGCAUUUGCUGUUUGGUUGACAAGUGUCACCUUUCCCUCCUGGCCUCCAUCCUUGGCAUGCAUUUUAAUAGGAGGUGUUCAGAUCCUCCUGCUUUCUGUGAUGCCUGGAAAUAUGCAGGGAAUCGGCUCAGCCCUGCUUCCCCGUGCACUCUCACUUCUAAGUCGCUGUCUGAGGUUAGGGACAGAUGCAGCACUGCCUCAAGUCUAUCCAGCUAGCCGAUUGGGGGCCCUCUACAGUUUGUGGGAAUGGAGCAUCUUACAGACCAUGCCUACACUGUGUGCUCCUCCCCUCUGGGAGCACCUUGACCCAGCCUUGGGGAUGGCAGUGUUUAUUCAGUGCCUGGGGUUCCCUGACCUGCCUAAGAUUCCUAUCCAUUCUUCUUCUUGCAAGAUGACUUGACUCAUCACUUGGUUCUUUGCCACCCAGUUUGAGGACUGAUACUCCACAUACGAUGCUGACUUGCGUAGAAUGACUUAGCUUUAAAAAAAAAAAAAAAAAGCCCAGACAUUAUCAUUUUAAGUGGCCCAGCUUGUUCUACACAAAGACAUUAAUCUGAUUACAGAAAUAAAUUUUAAUUAAUGCUUUUAAGUGAUUCUUUUUUUGGUAAAGUGACAUUAAUUAAAAUUGACUUCUGUAAUUAGAUUACUGUCUCGGUGUUGGUGUCUCCAACAGAAUAAUUGAAGCUAUAAGACCCUUGUCUUUUUAAAAAGCAAAUUAAUUAAACUUUUAAAAGAUGGUGAAAGGGGCUGAUUUUAAUAAGAUCAGUUAGGUCAGAAACUUUAUAAUAGUGUGCUUCACCUUGACACAUGGCACUGUCUGUGUGACCUUCACCAGUUUGGUUCUGGAGCCUAUAAACAAAGUCCCUUAAAGCAAAGGAAAUCUCUGAAGUGCUACAGCAAAGUAUUUAUGUAGCAGUUCAUUUGUAGAAGUUCCAUCCCUGCAUGAUAUUCCUAAAAACACAGCUUCCAUUGGCAGAUAGAACUUUGUCAUGUUCCAGCCACCUCAUGGAGUCUGAGCAACAUCAUUAUGAAUAUCCCAGCACAUGAGAACACAGAGGUGGUCAAAUUAGAUGUUUAUCAGAUGAGCUGAUCACUCAAUUGAUCAGUGGUAAAAGGAAAAAUUUUAAACAUAUACCUAGCCCAGAUAAAAUGAGUUCAGAGAACUUUCAGCAAAAAGGCUGCUGACAAGCAUGAGGCCAGAAUGCAGAGCAGCCUGUGUGUAUAUUUCCACUCCUAAUUGUUUCCGAUUUUUUUCUAACACCUUCCAUGUAUGUCAUCAUAGAUGUUUCUGUUCAUCAGGCAGAGACUCAUGGAGAUUAGUCAUUAUACCUCAGGCCUAAACUUAAUUUUUCAAAUAAAUACAUGUAAAGGCCACAAACAUUCUCUUCCACAGUCUUCCAUUUGUAUAAUGAGAUUAGUGAUUUCAGUGACCUGAGGCGAAGUGGCACUGAAUAUUUUGCCCCUUCCCUGUCUUUUGUUAGAUAAUUGAAGCCAGUUGCCCGCCCCCCCCCCACUCUUUCUUUACCCACCCCCAAGCAUAUGAAAGGAAAGCACCGUCACUUUUCUAGAAAUUGUCUUCUGACACAUUAGACGUAUAUUUAAUCCACUCUUGUUUAGACCCUUUUAUUCUAGGGCCCUGGCCGAGGGACUCUCCAAGCUAGAUGCUGGCCACCAGCUUCUUUCUGCUGGGUCUUCACUCCUGCUCACAUGCCCAUAAAGGACCAGUUGCCGAUUCUACUUUAUUAAGCAAAGUUGUUUGCAUUUUCAGAGAACAAAGGGAAACAUGGAGCCUCCAGAAUCUUUGCACAUGAUGAUUAUGAUCAAAAAGAACAUUCUACCCUCUAGACUAGAUGACAUACCUAUCUCAUGGAGGUGCUCCAAGGUGCCCAGGCUGGAGUUGGCUGUGGGUGAGCUUUGUUACCACAGACAAGAGCAGUGAACUCACCCUUCUUACCAGAUAGGGUCUAUAGGACAGGUUCUUAUUUCCACAGUCAAGCUGGAAACAAACUGUGCCUUCAAAAAAGUGGCUUUUCUAACUUUAGGUUGGUUAUAUGUUAAGUGUGCUACUAACUUAAAAAUAAGUACAUUCUCUUCAGAGGAAACAGUUUCUAACAUCUAGUGAUCUGUAACACCACCAGUGGAGCUGCCUUGUCUUUUCUGCAUUCUGUAGGAAAGAAGACCUGAAUUUAACUCAGGUGGCAAGAAGAAAAUUCAUAAGUGCAUUUUUAUUUCUCUUUCUCUAACUUCUGUUUGUGAAUAUGUCAUUUUAAGGGUACACUACACCAAUUUAGUAAAAAAAAAAAACAAAAAAAAACGCUUACAUUUUUGCCUCUAUAGGCCUUUUCUCAGAAUUUGUAAAGUUACCACUGUUGUUAUCAUCUUCAGCUCUGAUGAUGAAAUGUCUUGUAUAGAGAAUGAUAAGCCAGUCAUUAAAAGUGCUUGGGGGGCGGAGGGGAGGCUCUUUGUUCAGAGUCUAUCAGAACAGCCCCUAAGCUCCAUGCCUUCAACUCAACAAAUGACCAUAUUCUGGAAAAUAAAAUGUGAAGUUUUUAAAAUCA